CGAGCAGAGACUCUGUAUUCAGCCCACAGAUUCCUCCACACACGUCUUCUGCAUCUCUCGGGUUCUCUCGGUAACGGAUCACGGAUGGUCAGUAAGAUGUUGCCGCAGCGCUCGUUCGUGCUCUCUUUAGUGUGACUGUCUGCCUACCUCGUCUCACACCAAGAGGCCAAAAAACCACCCACACAAUCCCUCGCACUGUAGCCAUGACGACCUCGGCCCUGCGGCGACAGGUGAAGAACAUUGUGCACAACUACUCGGAUGCAGAGAUCAAGGUGAGGGAGGCAACCUCCAAUGACCCCUGGGGUCCGUCCAGCUCACUGAUGUCAGAGAUUGCCGAGCUGACGUUCAGCGUUGUGGCGUUCAGCGAGGUCAUGGCCAUGGUGUGGAAACGGCUCAAUGACCACGGCAAAAACUGGAGACAUGUCUACAAGGCCCUAACUCUGUUGGAUUAUUUGGCUAAAACGGGUUCGGAGCGUGUUGCCCAGCAGUGCCGCGAGAAUGCCUUCACCAUUCAGACUCUCAGAGACUUUCAGUACGUCGACCGCGACGGGAGAGAUCAGGGCGUGAACGUGCGCGAGAAAGCCAAGCAGCUUGUGGCACUGCUGAGAGACGAGGAGCGUUUGCGUCAGGAACGAACGCAGGCGCUGAAGACCAAAGAAAGGAUGGCAGGUGGAGGCGGGGUGGGCGGAGUGCCACCAGCGUAUCCCACCAGACGCAGCAGUCAACCGUGCAUGGCAGACUUCAACCACUCCAGAGGAUCACCAUCAUCAUUUAACUCGUCAUCCUCGUCUCCUCAAGCAUCUGAUCUGGAACAGACUCGACCGCAGACCAGCGGAGAAGAAGAACUGCAGCUGCAGCUCGCAAUAGCCAUGAGCAGAGAGGAGCAGUGCACGCAUCAGGGAGAUGAAGGUCAACUUCAGAAUGUUCUGGAGGAGAGCAAGAAAGAGAGACAAUCAGGAACUGGAGAGUUGGCAAUGAUUGAUCUGGUGGAUAUAUUUGGCCCCCCGUCUGCUGCACCAGUGAACAGUGACCCUUGGGAUACCCAACCCACAUGUCCUGUGACCUCUGACCCCUGGGACUCUAUUGCUGUAGUGAACUCCAGAAACCCUGUGGCUGGAAGUCCAUGGACAGCCCGCCCUUCCUCCUGUAGCCCUGCUCACUCUUGGGGCAACCACCAAUCACCUCCUGAUCCCUGGGAAGCCCCUCCUUCAAACCCCACCUCUAACCCUAACCUAAUCCUAACUUCUAAUAUGAUUGAACAAGCCUGGAGGAGCCCUGCCCGACCAGCGCCAAUUGGAAAGGAUCCAUUUUCCAUUCAGGAAGAGGAGGAGGAGCUUAGAGAGGAGGAGGAGGGGCCUAUAGUUGAACAGGAGGGGCCAAACCGGGUAUUCAGCCCUCGCCGUGAGAGCCUUGCAGAUGUUGAUCAGUUUGGCGAGUUGGUAGUUGGUGUUCAAGUGAACGGAGUGGCAAGGGAUGGUCCAGAGACCUAUGACCUCUCUCAUCUUGGACCUCCUCUUGAUGCAGUGACCCCCAGACUGUGUCGGACCCCCGAGGCAUUCCUCGGGCCCACCGCUGCCACGCUGGUAAACCUCGACAAGCUUAUUCCCACCAACCCACCUGCCAAGAGCAAAAACCCCUUCUUGUCAGGUCUGAGCACACCAUCUCCCACAAACCCUUUCCACUCGGAGCAGCCCAGACUGACUCUAAAUCAGAUGAGACCCAACUCCACCUCUCCCCUGCCAGCCCACACCCUGUCCUACAGCGCCUCCCUCCCCCUGCCCAUACUGCAGCAGAAGCCUCAGUCACUGCCCUCAUCCUUUACCCAGCCCCACCAUGGCCUACUGGACAUGCCCAGUAACCUGCCUCAGCCCCUCCUACCCCUCACCCCUGCCCCUCUCCACCCCUCCACACUACCACCACACUACCAAGGUCAAAGCCACAAUCCCUUCCUAUGAGGAUCCAGACUGAAACUGGAUUUGAAUCACUUCUGUUCACGAUUGUUUCUGAACUGGAUUCUGCUCAAUGGGAAAAUGUGCCCCGAAACUGGAAUACUCUGCCUGAUUGAGUUUCAGUAUGGAUGGACAAAAGUGAAUCAAGAGCUAAUUUAAUUUAGAUUACUCUUUAUGAUUUGGUUUCAAUGUGAAUGGACAAAAGUGAAUCAAGAGCUGAUUUAUUCUGGAUAACUCCUCAUAAUUUGGUUUCAGUGUAAAGCAACUGAAGUGAAUCGAGAGCUGAUUUCCUUUAGAUUAUUCAUCGCAAUUUGGUUUACGUAUGAAUGGACAAAACUGAAUCAAGAUCUUAUUUAUUCUGGAUUGCUCAUCAUUAUUUGGUUUGAAUUUAAAGCAACUGAAGUGAAUCAAGAGCUGAUUUACUUCAGAUUACUAUACAUGAUUUAGUUUCAGUGUGAAUGGACAAAAGUGAAUCAAGAACUGAAUUAAUCUGGAUUGUUCAUCAUGAUUUGGUUUCAGUGUGAAUGGACAAAAGUGAAUCAAGAACUGAUUUAAUCUGGAUUGCUCAUCAUGAUUUGGUUUCAGUGUGAAUGGACAAAAGUGAAUCAAGAACUGAAUUAAUCUGGAUUGUUCAUCAUGAUUUGGUUUCAGUGUGAAUGGACAAAAGUGAAUCAAGAACUGAUUUAAUCUGGAUUGCUCAUCAUGAUUUGGUUUCAGUGUGAAUGGACAAAAGUGAAUCAAGAACUGAUUUAUUCUGGAUUGCUCAUCAUGAUUUGGUUUCAGUGUGAAUGGACAAAAGUGAAUCAAGAACUGAUUUAAUCUGGAUUGCUCAUCAUGAUUUGGUUUCAGUGUGAAUGGACAAAAGUGAAUCAAGAACUGAUUUAUUCUGGAUUGCUCAUCAUGAUUUGGUUUCAGUGUGAAUGGACAAAAGUGAAUCAAGAACUGAUUUAAUCUGGAUUGCUCAUCAUGAUUUGGUUUCAGUGUGAAUGGACAAAAGUGAAUCAAGAACUGAAUUAAUCUGGAUUGCUCAUCAUGAUUUGGUUUCAGUGUGAAUGGACAAAAGUGAAUCAAGAACUGAUUUAAUCUGGAUUGUUCAUCAUGAUUUGGUUUCAGUGUGAAUGGACAAAAGUGAAUCAAGAACUGAUUUAAUCUGGAUUGCUCAUCAUGAUUUGGUUUCGUAUGAACCAACUGAAGUAAAUUAUGAGUUUAUUGACUCUUGAUUACUCUUGAUAACUGACACCUUGAUUUGGUUUCAAUGUGAACAGACUGAAGUGAAUCCAGCUGAUUUGAAUGCUUCGAUCAGAAUGUUACUAAAGAACAAUUUAGGGUUGAAAAUUACUUUCUAAAAAGACAAUCCACAUUAGAUGUUGAGUGGCUUUAUUAACAUGUUAGUUUGAAGUGACUUCUAUAUUCGUUUUGAUAAAGUAAAGAAUAAGAGAUAAACCUGGAUGAUGACAUUUAUAUUGAGCUACAAGUCAACAUUAAAUGGACUCAAUCAGCUCUUUUAUGCACAUUCUUGGUCUUAUUUUGUUUAUCUAAAAUAGUUUAUAUCAGAUUUAAUUUUCUCUGAUGCGACUUUCCUUUUGGCUGAUGUCACAAAAUUCUCAUUGAAUAUUGUGUUUCACUUGGAAAUAUGAAGUAGAAUGAAUCACUAAUGUGUUUAAUGUUGACGUUAAUGGCUACAACAUACUCUACACAAGUACGUGAACGCAAAUUCUGCUUUGGUGAGGAACACCUAAAUUACAUAAAUUAUCCAUAUCCAGUUUAGUGGCACAGACUUUUAAAGGCAACUCUAUCUGAGGAUCUUUCCUGCCAUGGUAAAGCAAGAAUGCACAUUAAGUUGGCAAUGCGGUGGCCAAGCGCCCGCGUCUGCGUACACAUAUUUGAGUAAAGUGUGUUUCUGUCCUAAAACAAAGUCCAUGCUUUGCUCUUCUGCUUCUUGCUGCCUUGUAUCGAUGGAUUCCUGGGAACGUUUGCCAUACAGGGUCGAGCACUGAUUGUAACCAUCCUCUUCUUCACAAACCAUGUGCCUGUCUCACCGACAGUCCCACAAUGCACUGGGGCUGGCGCCUCACUUCCUAUUAGGAUCUCCAGAGCGCCACCCUCAGGAAAAAGACAAACAGACAAUACUUACAGUAAUGCUGAAUAAUCCUAUGAUGUUUCCUUCUCUCAGAAAACGACUUUAAGAAUCUAGGAUCAGCUUUACUCUCUCUGCUAAUGAAUCUGACAUUGAGUUCAGCAUAUUUCCUA